AUGGAUGGUUUAGAAAAGUUGAAACUGCUUGUCCUUGGUAAAUCAAAGAAAUGUAGGUGUUCUAAAAAUGUGAACUUGGAUACCUUUCCUGUCGACUAUGCAUUUUGCUUUGCUUACAGAGGGGCUAUAUAUCCACAGUUUGAAGUGAAUGUGGCAUGGACUGAUAUUUAUUUGCAGCGCACAAAACGUGACAGAUGGUAUAAUUUUGGUGAUGAUUUUGUUGUGUCUUCUAAUGCAGAUAAAUGGUUUCAUACUUGUAUUGAUUUAGGAAAUAUAUUGCAAACUGAUUCUAUACUACCAAGUGGUACCUACUUUGAUAUUCGGUCAAUAACUUUUAGAAGAGAAUUGGCUCAAGAUUUCUAUAUCGACAGUUUGUUCAUUGGCUCUGGUCCUGUUAGCUAUGUAAUAACCUCACCUGCUGCAAGACCAAAUGGUUUGUUCAUCUCAAAUGUUAACGUCGAAAAAUACAACAAUACUUUUGACAUUGUUAUGUUACCAGAAAAUUGUGGAUUUGAUUUUCCAUUAAUUGGGAUGAAAAAUGCGAGUAUUAUCUCUGGUAGUAGAGAUGCUGAUAGUGACUAUGUUGAGUACUGUACCAGUGCUGCUUGCGGUGAUGGUGCUGAUAUUGUCAUUAAUAGGGAGCAGUCUGCAACACCGCCAGUUGGUGGUACAUUCCAGAUUGAACUUGGUGGAAAAAUUGCAGUAGUACCAGCUGAUGCUACAGAAAGUGAUAUUGAAGAAAUCUUUGACAACAGUUUUGACAUGGGUGUGUCUGCAGAGAGGAUAGGCACAUGUUCUGGCUACACUUGGACUAUAGAGUUCACCAAGGCUGGUGGAAAUCAUCCUCCUAUGAGCGUUGACAACAGCGGUUUAACUGGCUUGGAUGUAGAAACUGUAACAGAAACAUUGAGUGAUGGUGGAUUAUACCUGUUUCCAAUUCCUGGUGAUUAUCUGAGAACUCUAGAUGAGACUCCUCAAGUAACUGUCAGUGUCAACCAGAUUCCUUCUACUUGUACUGGAGAUUGUAGUUUUGAAUUCUUGGCUGACCUUACACCACAAGUGACUGAUAUAUCUCCAAAUUCAGGUUCAGCAUCUUCAUCAACUGAAGUGACUGUCCAAGGAGUUGGAUUCAGUCAAACCGCAGAUGACAAUAAAGUCACCAUUGGUGAUGUGAACUGUGUUGUUACUAAUGCUUUAGACACAAUGAUAAUGUGCCUGAUUGGUGAAGCUCCUGGUGGUACUCAAGAUGUAGUAGUGUAUGUUGCACCAGAUGGUUUAGCCACUCACCCCAGUGGCACUGUGCAAUUCCAGUAUGAAGUGGGAAUUACUGAUGUCCAUCCAUCUAGUGGCAGUACUGGGGGAGGCUUGGAGAUUACAAUUACAGGUUAUGGAUAUUCAAAUAAUGUUGAUGAUUUAACAGUACUCAUUGGUGGUGCACUCUGUGAUGUGACAUCAUCAAGUCAAAAUACCAUAAUAUGUAUAUUACCAGCUGGGGUUGCAGGCAGUGUUGAUGUGAGCGUCAGUAUUAGUGAUGUAUCAGCUACCAGUGUGAAUGGUUUUCAAUACGAUGCCAGUACUACUCCAUCUAUUACACAGUUGAGUGUCACCCAGAGUAGUGUUGCAGGUGGUGCAGCAUUGGUUGUAAGUGGUACAGGAUUUGGUACAGAUGAGUCAAGUAGUGAUGCUCUGAAGAUUGGUGAUGUUCCAUGUCAGCUGAUAUCCUAUUCUGAUAACACAAUAGAGUGCAUAUUACCAGCCCAAUCACCUGGUGUAUAUGAUGUCAGACUUUAUGUUGAUAAUGUAGGAUAUGCAGAUUCUAGUUCUGGAACAGCUAUUACCUAUCAGUUGAGUGUGACUGCAAUCAAUCCAGGUUAUGGAUCCAUCAAGGGAGGCACUCUGGUAACAAUAUCCGGGGAGGGAUUCAGUAAUGUCAAUUCUGAAAAUGUAGUAUUAUUUGGUAACAUUGAAUGUCUGGUUAUAAGCAGUAAUUCUAAUGAGAUACAAUGCAUUGCUGGAGACAGUGGCACUACACAUAAUGUUGAUAAUUCAGGACUUCAUGCAGACUAUGGUUUAGGUUAUAAAUGGAGUCCACAGAGCAUUACAAUAGAAGCUGGUGACACCGUAUUGUGGGAAUGGGGCAUAGCAGGAUACAUCCAGGGUAUCAGUUACGGUGUUCAGCAGACUUGGGAUGCUAACUCUGUAGAGUAUGAUGGAUCAGGAUUUAAAACACAAAGCAGAUCAGCAACAGGUUCAUUUUCCAAUACAUUCACUGCACCUGGGACAUACUAUUAUUCAAGUGGUCCAGUUGACAGUGAUGGAGAACUUUUCAUGAAAGGAGUUGUCAUCGUUACCGAUCCAGUAGCCACCUCUAAACCACUAAGUCUAACUGUCAGUGGAUUUGAGGCUUUGCAUGAGACCAACUCUGGUGUUUCAGUCACUUCAUCAUCAUCAUCUUGUCUGGCUGCUGAUCCAUCCUGUGCUACUCCCCAGCCAGUUGGUGUUGACAGCAGCAUAUUCUACUUUGUAUAUACUGGAUGCUAUACUCCAAUCAUUGACUCUGUGAAUCCUACUAGUGGUACCAGUGGUACACAAAUAACCAUUACUGGAGAAGGAUUUGCAACCACGCAAUGUGCUAACCAAGUCACUAUAGAUGGUCAUCCAUGUAACGUACAGUCCUGUACUGAGACCAUAAUUGUAUGUGAUAUAGAUACUGAAGAUGCAUUAACUGUUGGAGUUAAACAUCCCAUCACUGUACAAGUGGAGAACCAUGGUUUUGCUUUGAACCGUGGAUCAGCCACAUUUGAACUGAUUCCACACAUUGAUAGUGUUACUCCAGAUAGUGGAUCCAUAGCUGGGGGUGCCAGAGUUACUAUCCAGGGUAGUGGGUUCUCCAGUGAUGCAGCAGUUGUAGGAAUACCAUGUGAAGUUGAGUCUGUCGCAUACAAUGAAAUCGUUUGCAUCACUUCACCAAAUUUAGGAGGAGUGUUUAAUGUUUCCAUAAUAAUUGGCUCGACUACAAGUGAAUGUCUUGGCUUGUGUUUGUAUGAGUUCUCAAAUGCCACGACUCCUGUUGUGAGUACCAUCAACCCAACUGACAUCUUUGGAGCAAGUACAAGCUUGACAAUCACUGGAAUGGGAUUUGGUAAUGGAGUUGUGACUGUGACAGUUGCCCAUGCUGAUGGUAGUGUUGAUCUCACAGUCACAUCUGGUGGAAUUGAAUACUCACCUGAAGUGUAUACUUUCUCUGCUGCCCAGACCCCUGAAGUAACAGGACUGUCUCCAUCUAAUGGUGGUAGUGGGACAACUAUUACAAUCACUGGUACUGGAUUCAGUUCCACAUCAUCUGAUGUUUCAGUAACAUUUGAUGAUGUUACAUGUACUGUGAUCUCAUCAUCUUCAACUCAGAUUACAUGUGAUACUGGUGUGCACUCAGCGGGAACAUUUGAAGUGAAGGUAUCUGUUGCUGGAAAAGGUCUUGCCACAUCUAAUUCUCACACAUUUGAGUACAACUUGAUGAUUGCAUCUACUUCUCCUGCUACCUGUAGCUUUGGUGGUGCUUGUACCCUUGUAGUCACUGGUGAUGGUUUUGAUGAUGAAUACACUGUGGUAACCAUUGAUGGCAAUAAUUGCCCUAUUAGUAGUGUUACAGCUACAGACUUACAGUGUGAAAUACCUGCCAACAACAAUCUUGCACUUGGUACAUAUACCUGUGAUAUACAAGUGUUCAUUUCAACAAGUACAGCUGUAGCCAUUGAAUCUAAUGCACUGACCUAUGAUAGUUCUAUCACACCCAUUAUAACAUCAGUCAGCCCAAGGAGAGGUGGUACAGGUGGUGGAACUCCUAUUACAAUUACUGGAUCUGGAUUUCGUGAUGGUGAGAACACUGUUACCAUAGAUGGAAGUUUGUGUGUAAUAACAUCAGAAAGUACCUUUGAGAUUAUCUGUGAAACUGAACCCAAUUCUAGAAGUAUUGAAACUAAAGUAAGAGUUUUGGUAAAUGGUGAUGGGAUAGCAACACAGGAUGAUGCUGAUUUUGAAUAUGUUGAUUUGUGGUCCAGUACAUGGACUUGGGGAGGAAAUCCCUUGCCUAUUGAGGGUGACUUUGUUGUCAUUCAACAGGGACAGCGCAUAGUGUUAGAUAUUGACACCCCUGUCUUAAAGAUGCUACUAAUUCAAGGUGGUGCUUUAAUCUUUGAUGAAGCUGAUGUAGAACUGAAAGCUGAAAAUAUCCUAAUAACUGAUGGUGGUCUUCUACAAGUUGGAACUGAAGAAGAACCAUUCCAGCAUAAAGCAAUAAUUACCAUGUAUGGUCAUGUUAGAUCGCUUGAGAUGCCGAUGUAUGGUGCUAAAACUCUGGCUGUUAGAAAUGGAACACUGGAUCUUCAUGGAAUUCCUGUUGUGACUUGGACUUACUUGGCUGAAACAGCUCCAGCUGGAGCAACUCAGAUGAAAUUGAUGCAAGAGGUUACUUGGCAAGUUGGUGAUGAAAUUGUUAUCGCUACGACGAAUCACAGGCAUAGCAUGAUUGAAAAUGAGCAGCUGACCAUUACAGAUCAGUUUUCUACUCAGACAUGUUUUCAAGGUAGAUUUGGUGAAGAGACUGGCAGUGACAAAUUUGGUCAUCAGAUAAUGUUUGGUGCUAAGGAGCAGGAUGCAAACUUGGUUACUGGAAGAAUUGAAUACGUUGAAGUUACACAUGCUGGUCAGGCUUUUCGCCUCGGUCGUUACCCGAUUCAUUUCCACAUGAAUGGUGAUGUGUCUGGUUCCUAUGUUCGUGGAUGUGGUAUUCAUCAUACAUUCAAUCGUGCUGUGACCAUACAUGGUGUCCAUAAUCUGUUAGUUGAACACAAUGUGGCAUUUGAUAUCAUGGGUCAUGCUUAUUUCAUGGAGGAUGGCAUAGAAACUAACAAUAUUAUACAAUAUAACUUGGGUAUCUUUGUAAAGGCAAGUUCUAGUUUACUCAAUGUUGACAUAACACCGGCAGUUUUCUGGAUUACCAAUCCAGAUAAUAUUGUUCGACACAACGCCGCAGCUGGGAGUACACAUUUUGGUUUUUGGUAUAACAUGCCUGUACAUCCUGGUGGACCAUCUUUUACUUCCACGAUAUACCCAAGGAAAAUCCCAGUGAAAGAGUUCCAGAACAACACAGCACAUUCCCUAGGGUGGUAUGGACUAUGGGUGUUCCCAACAUACACUCCGAUGGAAGGGGGUACAAAUACACCUAGUCGUUUUUACAGCCUGACUUCAUGGAACAAUGAACGAGGAGCAGAAGUUGUUCACUCUGGUCCUGUGCAGCUGCAUGAAUUUGUAGUAUUUAACAAUGACAAGGCUGGAAUUGAAAUGGUUGAUGUGAGCGGUGGAUAUGUUGAUGGUCCUAUGGUGAAAGAUUCAGUUGUCAUUGGUCAUAGCAGCAUUAUCAAUGCAUCAGCAUCAUGUACUAUUGCAGGGAUAAAAACACCCAAGUCAGCUUUUUUGACUGUCGAUGGCGUUAAAUUUAUCAAUUUUGAUGAGAACCGUUGUUCAGCUCUGAGAGCCUGUGCACAUUGCAAAAGCCGACAAGGAGGAUGGACAACUAAAUUUCAGAAUUUAGAAUUUUUUAACUCGCCAAACAAAGUUGGUUUUCAGUGGGAGCAUGAAGCUGUAUAUGUUGAUUUGGAUGGUUCACUGACUGGCAGUGCUAAUUAUAUUGUAACCCCUAAUAAUGGUCUUCUUCCAUCCGCUCACUGUGAUGCCACUGCUCUAUCUUUCAAUGUGGGUACAUCUCCAGGAGCUGUGUGUGAUAACACUGUAAAAAUACAUCGUUUCGCAUUCAACAGUGUCUCCCCUUCCUCUUUGCGAUACAAAAAUAUCAACUUCAUCAAUGACUAUGGCUCAAGCAUUGUUCCAUAUAAAAAGGCGCGUCUCACUCACUUAAAUGGUUGGAUGAUUACUCUGGUUGAUGGAGAGAAUUACAACAUGGUAUGGGAAGAUGUUGAACACAUCACAAAUAUCUCGUACGUCGGCACUCUCUAUAAUAUGGAACCUACUGAUUAUGUUACUAUAAGUCACUCUGUUGCACAAACUCCUGACCGCUUCUCUAUUCUUGGUCAUAUGGCUGACACUACUGAAGAAAUGGUGACCUAUGAUGAUAAUGACAAUGGUGACUUCUACUUUGAUAAUGCUACUCAUUCUGUGUCAUAUCUGUGUGUCUUUGGUGACUUAGAUCUUCAUGGAAAAGAACCUAAUAUCUACUGGACUCAUUUAGCUGCUACUGCUAAUGUUGGUGAUGAUAUAAUAACAAUGGAAGAUGCAGUAGACUGGAAAGUUGGAGAUGAAAUUGUCAUAGCACCAACAGAUUAUGAGCCUUUCCAUACGGAGAUAUUCACUGUCUUGAACAUCAUUGAUAAUUAUACGCUACAACUUGAUAACAGUUUGCAGUACACACAUCUUG